AUGCACGGACUGGAGGAGAACCUUCAUCAGCCAGAAGAACAAACGCAAGAAUAUUGGGAACUUCUACACCCUUCGGCAGUUUCUUCCGAUCCACCAUACGCAGAGUCAGAAGCCUUCGAGAUAAUCUCCAGUAGAGCAGCUUCAACUCUAUCUAGUGUUCCGAGUGGCCAGCAAAGCUUGCGGACACCAAGCUCCGGCCGUUUUGACUCGAUUACAGCGUCGCCGUCGCCCUUUCCCCGUGCUACUCCCUCUGAAUCGAGCUUACCUGACCAAUCACUCAGGCCUUCCUCAUUACGACCCAGGCUAUCUGUGCCAGUAUCAAUUGCGCCCAACCCUAAGCAGCUAGCCACAUUCAAAUCCAAUCACUUGGUACUAGGAAACAGAAUCCAAAAAGCUCGUGGAAAGCCAUCCGUUGAAGAUCGGAGAAAAGCUGAUAUGGUCCGAAAGAUAGGGGCGUGUAUACGAUGUCGGUUGCAGAAGGGUGAUUGUGAUGACGGCAAUCCUUGCAACUCCUGUAGUAAGGUCGCUAGUAGUGUUCGGAGUUAUUACAUUCCCUGCUACCGGGAAGACCUUCAUUCAACCAGCCUAGUUCGUCACAAAUUCAAGAGCUAUCGCUGGACUGGUAAUGCUAACGAAUGUCGCAACGUACAACUCAAGUGGAUAUUGCCAGGCUCUGUCCCGAUCGAGCUAUCCGAAUUGACCCUGUUGAUCGCUUGUCGACAGUAUCAACCGGAGGCAAAAGACGACACAACCUCGUACCACUUUUCGGUGGCAGAUGAAGAGGUGGCCAUUGAAUUGCCUCCAUUUGCUGCCUACGAAACUUCAGAGGUAGUAAGUACUGUUGGUGAUCUGCUGAACUCCAAAAGAUCCGCGAUGGAGCUUUGGUUAGCCUCAAGGCAUCCUGGUGAGAUAGCUGCUUUGAUAUACCGGGAGGCUCUACGAUAUAAAGGGAAGUAUGGUAGUGAUGUUCUUAGCCUCGCUUUCAAACUUGAGUGUGGAGCAGUAAUGUCCCAGGGUUGGGCAACUAUCACUGGGAAAGAGACCCUUGGAGUUAGUUUGGAGGAUUUCGCUAAAUAUGGAAACCGGUCUGAAUAUCAGAAAUACGACUUCUCGCGAGCGGUAGAUCGGCCGGCACCAGAAGCAAUAGAACAUCAAAUUGAUGUCGCCAUCCUUUCCGGGCUCAAAGGAGACCAGAAAGUUCUUGUAAGCAAGAUCAAAAAGAUGAUCUUCGCAAAGAAAGCAUCCGGUACUUCAAAGCCGUGGUUCGAGUUGUUUUUGACGUUCUACACCCUCCUCUCAAAUCUAGAGUUUGUUCAUGCAGGCAGCAUAGCUUAUAUGAUAUCAAAACAAAAGACUAGUUUGGAAGAGCGGGUCAGUCACAUCUCGAAACAACAAAUCGAAGCAUACGAAAAUACUGCUGGAAAUCUCCUCAUGCACUUUCGAGCAAUACUUCGUGGCUUUCUUCCCUUUCAAUUGGUCCGGGAAGGGAAAAUUGAAGAGUUGAGUAAGCGAGAAGGGUUGGACGACGAGUCUGUUUGCUUUCUACGCAAUUUAGUCCAAGUCCUCGACAAGGAGUCCAACUCUGCUGCUGUUCUGAAUGAUACAAGAACUGUUCUUGGUGCCAACACUAAGCCAGGCAGAUGGACAGGUCAACUACUCCAAGAGUCUACUUCUCCGCAGAAAGAGAUAAGCACUGCCUCGGGAGGUACUCACUUCCUCAUCGACCUGCGCUAA